AUGCCCUACAACAAGUACGGAGAAAAGAGUCGACGUCGUUUCGACCCGUCUGAAGACCCUUAUUACUCUCGCAUUCCCCGGUCUGAACUCGUUUUCUACAAUCCCGACAAGAAUAUCUCUCAACUGCGCAUGAAGGUUAUGUCCAGGCCAAACCCUAUACCGGACGACACGACUCUAGUUGUCUACAUUGACGGUGCGUGUCGUAACAACGUUCGACCAACGGCACGGGCUUCAUACGGCGUAUACUUUGGUCCCGACUCUCUCUAUAAUACCUGCGGUCUUCUUGAUGAGUCUCUGCCUCAGACGAGUACACGCGCGGAGAUCGAGGCUUUUCGUCAAGCGCUUUGGAGGAUCAUCGCUGUCACAGUUACAUGCCGCGAGGUAUUUCGCAUAAAGAUUGCGACCGACUCAAGCUUUCUAGUCAAGGCUAUGAGCCAGUGGAUAGAGCGAUGGAUCGAGAAGAAUGGGGUGGGCUCCAAUGGCAGACAAGUUGCGCACUUCCAGGUCCUGAAAAAGCUGCAUGGCGACAUGGUCUCUUUGGAGAAUAAUGACAAGACGGGUCGUCGAGAGUACCAAUUUUGGCAUGUGAGAAGAGAAAUGAACCGAGAAGCAGAUGCAUUAGCGAACAAGGCUCUCGAUGAAGCUUGA